GGAGCCAUGGGCAAGUGCAGCGGGCGCUGCACGCUGGUCGCCUUCUGCUGCCUGCAGCUGGUGGCUGCGCUGGAGCGGCAGAUCUUUGACUUCCUGGGCUACCAGUGGGCUCCGAUCCUUGCCAACUUCCUGCACAUCAUGGCAGUUAUCCUGGGCAUCUUUGGCACCGUGCAGUACCGCUCCCGGUACCUCAUCCUGUAUGCAGCCUGGCUGGUGCUCUGGGUUGGCUGGAAUGCAUUUAUCAUCUGCUUCUAUUUGGAGGUUGGACAGCUGUCCCAGGACCGGGACUUCAUCAUGACCUUCAACACAUCCCUGCACCGCUCCUGGUGGAUGGAGAAUGGGCCAGGCUGCCUGGUGACACCUGUCCUGAACUCCCGCCUGGCCCUGGAGGACCACCAUGUCAUCUCAGUCACCGGCUGCCUGCUCGACUAUCCCUACAUUGAAGCACUUAGCAGUGCCCUGCAGAUCUUCUUGGCUCUGUUCGGCUUCGUGUUCGCCUGCUACGUGAGCAAAGUAUUCCUGGAAGAGGAGGACAGCUUCGAUUUCAUCGGCGGUUUUGACUCCUACGGAUACCAGGCGCCCCAGAAGACGUCGCAUUUACAACUGCAGCCCCUGUACACGUCUGGGUAGCGUUUGCCCCACGCCCACCCCCGCGGCUAGACUGACCGCCGCUGCCGCGAGCUCUGGCCAAGAUGGCAGGCGCGCCCCCUGGCGGCUCCCUGACUGACUGCAGCCUGAGCCGGCGGGAUCUGGGUCUGAAGCCGACUUGGACUUGGCCCUUAGCAGCCUGGACUUGAGGGGUGGGGCGGGGAGAAUCGCGGGGUUUGUAUUUUUUUUAACCUCGGCCUUGACGUGUGCUGGCGACCCCACACCCCACCCCCGCCCUUCUCCAGACUCCCCUUUCUCCCUUCUUCCCCCAGCAUCCUGUCCCCUGUCCAGAGGGAGAGGGCAGGAGAAACACACACACCAUCUCACCACAUUUAUUCACCAGCCCUGGGGAAAGUUCCCCCGAACUAUGAAGAGGAGGAGUCCUGGGUUCUAAUCGCAGCUCCAUCACUAACUCUGUGUGACAUCUGGCAAAGCCCUUGUCUUCUCUGGGCCUUAGCUUCUCGCCUCAAAUAAUUAAAAUAAUCCCUUAG